AUGUGGUCUUUAGAGAGAAAGAAGCAGAAUCUCACCUUUCGACGUAAAAUCGGCGGGCUAGUGGUAUCGGCGAAUCGAACUCGGGUUGUUGCUGGAGAUUUGCUGCGUUCACGAGCAACAGGCUUAGCCAAGUCAUCUACUGGUGGUUGUAGUAGAUUUGCCGAAUUACUCAGAUCGUAGUUGUAGGCAUCAUAGCGAGGAGGUGAAGAAUCGGUUAUGGACGAGCUCAUUCUGGCGUAAGGGCUGUACUGUUGAUUGUUGGUGUUAGGUGAUGAGUAG